AAUGGAGCUAUCAAUGCCUCUGCCUCAAAUAUAUGUAGAAAAAACUCUUGCUAUAAUCAAACCAGAUAUUGUUGACAAAGAAGAGGAGAUACAAGAUAUUAUUCUCAGAUCUGGAUUCACCAUCGUUCAGAGAAGAAAACUGCAUCUCAGCCCUGAACACUGUAGUAAUUUUUAUGUGGAGCAGUAUGGGAAAAUGUUUUUCCCUAAUUUAACAGCAUACAUGAGUUCUGGACCACUGGUUGCCAUGAUAUUGGCUAGACAUAAAGCCAUCUCUUACUGGAAAGAACUUUUGGGACCAAGUAAUAGCUUAGUAGCUAAGGAAACACAUCCAGACAGUCUAAGAGCAAUUUAUGGCACAGAUGAUCUAAGGAAUGCACUUCAUGGAAGUAAUGACUUUGCUGCAGCAGAAAGAGAAAUUAGAUUCAUGUUUCCUGAAGUGGUGAUUGAACCAAUUCCAGUUGGACAAGCUGCUAAGGAUUAUCUGAAUUUGUACGUAAUACCAACUCUGCUUAAAGGACUCACAGAGCUGUGCAAGCAAAAACCAGCAGAUCCUUUUAUUUGGCUAGCUGAAUGGUUACUGGAAAAUAAUUCCAACAAACCUAAACUUAGUCAUCGCCAAGUUACAGAAGAACCUUAUUAAAAUAAAGUCCUUCUAAAGAACAAAUCACAUUCUUUCUUAUUACAUAUUGAUAUGCCUCUACU